AUGACCAUUUGCUACAACGAUCUUGCCGGCAGUUUAAAUUUAGAAUUAUGGUGUGGUUCUAAUCAGUUAAGAAAUCUAGAUUUAAGCGGGCUUACCCAGUUAGAGAAAUUGGAAUGUUGUGAUAAUCUUUUGUCUAGUUUCGAUUAUUCGCAACUAAACCCGGAGCGGUUAACCUACUUAAAUAUUAGUGAUAAUAAUUUGCCGAAGCAGGACUUAACAAUUUUUAUUGGUUCCCUGAAGCCAUUAAGGAACUUGCGGGAAUUAAAAAGACUGGAUAUUAGUAAUACUGAUAUUGAUGCGGGACUAGAAUAUUUGAGUGGUUCCUUGGAAAAAGUUGUUUGUGAAACCAAAGAGCGUCCUGAAAGCACGGUCCAAAAACUUGCGGAAAAAUUAGUUAUUUACAACAACGAAAUUAAGCAGUGGCGUGAGGAAAAGCAAACAGCUCCUCAAACUGAGUCCCCGCCUAUGCUUACUUCCGAAACUUCUUUCUCCCCGUCGUUAGUCAAUCUUAGUCUAAGUAUUCUUGAACAAAAAAUUACCGAAUUUUUCCAAGCCAAUCAAGAUCUUUCUAAGGAAAGCAAUUUGCUCUAUAGUUUUUACAAAGUGAAAAGUUAUACCUACAACGAACCUCAGAAACGGCAUAAGCUCACUGUUGUGGCCAAAGAUCCUAAUUCGCGAGAUCAAACGAAUUAUCAACUAGAAAGAACCGGAGAUUUACAUCUUGAUUUGAUCGAAUAUGAAAACUAUCCACGAGAAAGUAGACACCAAAUAGAAGAAUUAGAAAUAAGGGGCAUAAAAACCAAGACUAUUGGUUGGCGACUGCUAACUGGAAAAUUAGAUCUUUCUGAUUUUGUCAAUCUGCAAUACUUAGAUUGUAAAGACAAUCAAUUAACCAGUUUAGAUUUGCGGAAAAACACCAAACUAAUGCAACUUAAUUGUUCUUAUAAUCAACUUACUUCUCUGGAUUUGGCCAACAACUUGCAGUUGGAAGUGCUAUAUUGUUCCAAUAAUUUGUUAAACAAUAGCAUUGAUUCACUGUUGUCAAAAAUUAAUCCCGAGAAAUUAAAUGAACUUGACUUGGCCAACAAUAAUAGCCUUUUUAAAGAAUUUGGUUUAAGUAGUUUUAGGAAAUUUGUCAAUCUAAAAAGUCUAGAUUUAUCUAAUAACAUUUUCUGUGUCGGUUCCCUUGAACCUUUACAAGACCUAACCAAGUUAGAGGAAUUAAAUGUUACUAAUACUAAUAUCAAUAGUGGUUUAGAAUAUUUACCUGAUAGUUUGCAAAAAUUUCAGUGCUAUGACCCUGAUUAUGAGAAGGAUUCCUAUGAUAUUAGCAAUAAAAACCUCGAAGGUCCCUUAAGACUAAAAGGUUUUACUAAAUUAGAAAAAUUAGAUUGUUCUCAUAAUAAAUUAACUAAACUCAAUUUAAGCGAUUGUCCCGAUUUGCUGGAACUCGACAUUUCUAAUAAUGAAUUUAACGACUGGGAAUUUCUCAAAGUUGUGCCUAAACUAGAAAUAUUGCGAGCCUCUAAUAACCAAAAGCUUUCUCCCCAAGAUUUGCGAAUUAUACUUACACUUAAAAAUUUAAAAGAGUUGAUUAUUAAUGGUUGUUCUUCUUUACAGGGAAGCCUAAAAGCCUUGGAAAAUUUAUCUAAAUUAAUCAAAUUAAACAUUAGCAAUACCAACAUCAAGGAAGGGUUGGAAUAUUUACCGAAAAGUUGCGAAAUAAUUUACUGCAACAGUGACUAUCAAUACAAAUCUACCAAAAUUAUGGAAGAGUUAGACAAAAGCCGGUGUUGGGAUGAUAAAGGAAGGGUUGACAAGGCGGAUGGUCUUGCGGCUUCGGUAAUUCCUUCAGAGAGAUUGUUUGUUAUUAGAACCACGGCGGUUGCUGGUGGCGUUUUGGCCGCUACGGUUAAUCCCGUGUUGGGAGGAGUUCUAGCGGCAGUUUCUCCGGUAGUGGAAGUAGAUACUAGUGAAUUUCUUGAUAAUUAUCACGAAUUACUAGGAAUACUCGAACCAAUUAAAAUUGGGGAAAGAGGGGAAAUAAACAAAAUACUGGAAGAUUUACGAAAAAGAGUCAACGAAUUUUUAGCCAGAUAUGACCAAGAUAGCAACGGCGAAAUCGAUAUUGACGAGUUAAUAGAAAAAAGAAAAAUGUUGGAGGAAGAUUUUAAUAAGGAUCAGGAAAACGGGAAACUAUGA